GAAUUACAGCGACUGCGUUCAACGUCCAAGGUCCAUGUUGUGCUCCUGCAGAGCUUGAGGAACCGAUCUGAAGAAGUUCUCUGUGUGACAAAUUUGGGUUUUAGUUUGUUUUUCUUCAGUCACGCUGAACAGAACCAGAAUCAGAACCGAAACCAGCUCAUUUCUUGCAACAACCGAACUGACAGAAACCACUUUAACUGGACCGAAGAGAACAGACAUGGCAGAACACAGAAGAACAGAAGAGCUUCCUGAAGAUGUUGGUUCAGAUGACUGCUUGGCUUCAUACACACACAUCUACAGCCCAGAUUUACUAAAAGAUCAAGUUGCUUUUAUCACAGGAGGCGGAUCUGGAAUAGGACUUCGUAUCGCUGAGAUCUUCAUGAGACAUGGUUGUGACACAGUGAUCGCUAGCAGGAACCUGGACAAGCUGAAAGAGGCGGCGGUGAAGCUGUCGGCUGCUUCAGGACGACGCUGCCUCCCUCUGCGGAUCGAUGUGAGGCAGCCUGACGGCAUCGCAGCCGCUGUGGACGAGACGCUGAAGGAGUUUGGCCGUUUAGACAUCUUGAUCAACAAUGCUGCUGGAAACUUUCUCUGUCCUGCCUCUGCACUCUCCUUCAACGCUUUCAAAACCGUCCUGGAGAUCGACACCAUGGGAACGUUCAACACCAGCAAGGUGGUUUAUGAGAAAUGGUUCAAGGAUCAUGGCGGCAACGUGGUGAACGUCUCGGCCACGCUGGCGUACCGAGGGCAGGCCCUGCAGGUUCACGCUGGCUCUGCCAAGGCAGCAAACGAUGCCAUGACGAAGCACCUGGCGGUGGAGUGGGGGCCCAGCGGAGUACGGGUCAAUGCCGUGGCCCCCGGUCCGAUCUCUGGUACCGAGGGUUACCGCAAACUCGGCGGUCCUGCUGCCGAGGCCGCGGGUUCGUUCCAGGCCGUUCCUCUGCAGCGAGCCGGCAACAAGACGGAGAUGGCCCACUGCGCUCUCUUCCUGGCCAGCCGAGCGUCUUCCUACGUGACGGGCGCCAUCUUGGUGGCGGACGGCGGGGCGUGGCUGACCUCGCCCAACGACGUCUCGGCGCUGCUGGGUAUAGCUGCCUCUAAACGCGCUAAGCUGUGAGUCCUCCUCCUGACCAGGUUACUGGUUGCCGGAAAAGAGGAAGGACAAGUGAUCAGGAGAAAUCAGGACCUGUGUAAAGAAAUUAAGCAACUUAUGGACAAUGUUUGAUGUUUAUUAUGGAUUCUGCUGCUUUAGGUGUUGGAAGGUUUCUAGUAGAGAAGAACACAAAUAAAUUAUGUUCAUAUUGUUUAUAAGGAAUUACAACUGUGCAUUAGGAUUAAAAAAUUAGUAAAUUUCAGCCAAAAAAUGUGAGAUAUCUCUUA